UAUCACACAUUAAUUGCAAAGAUUAAAGUUCCAGCAGGCGAAUCGAACACACUCCCGGCUCGACCAAUCAGCGACUGACGUCUCGUUGUUUACACUUUUCACAGUCUUGGAAGUUGAAAGCCUCGUCCUCAUACAGAAGUACAAAAUGCGUGUAGAUCUUGGAUUAAUCAUCUUGUUGGCGGCUUGCUCAGUAGCUUCUGCAGAAGAUGAAAAGAAGAAGGAAAAAGUAAAAAAACUGCAAAUUGGAGUCAAAAAACGUGUUGACAACUGUACUCUCAAAAGUCGUAGAGGUGACUUACUACACAUGCAUUAUGCAGGUAAACUAGAAGACGGCACUGAGUUUGACAGCAGUUACCCUCGUGGUCAGCCCCUCACAUUCACCUUAGGUUCUGGACAAGUGAUUAAAGGCUGGGACCAAGGCCUCAUUGGAAUGUGUGAAGGAGAGAAGAGAAAGCUCGUAAUUCCAUCUGACCUCGGGUAUGGAGCCUCUGGUGCCCCCCCAAAGAUCCCCCCACAUGCGACCUUGGUCUUCGAGGUUGAGCUUGUUAAGAUUGAGCGUAAAGAAGAACUCUGAAAGGAAGCAACAAACAGUUUGUAUUAUGAUACAUUAUGAUAUUUUUCAAUAUGACCUAAUUUUCUAUCCUGUCCUCAAGGAAACCUUUUACUGCCAUUUAAAGAAAAAACAUAAUGAAUCUGAUAUAUUUUGUUUGAAGUUCACUAGACCUUUCUGUAUUUAAGCAAAUUCACAAUUUUGAAGAUUGUUAUUCAUUAUUGUAAAUGGUUUACAUCAUCUGCAAAAUGAAGUGAAUCCCAUAACUGUCACCUGCACUAAAUAAAUUCUUUACGGAAAUCAGUGUCUUUAUUACUAGUGUCCAGUGGUGUUAUUUUUCAUCUGUAGGAAAUAUGUAUUUUGUAUAUAUGUUUCAUUACAUUAUUCAAAAUAGUUCUUUUUUAUGUUACUGUACUUUUUGUGCAAGUGAUUUAUUCAUAUCUUUAUAUUGGGUGUAUGCAUCUUUACAAAAUGUACCUUUAAGCUAACUUAUAAUGGAUCUAAUGUAAAGAUUUAUAAGUUUUCCAUGUUAUGGUCAUGACACCUACAUGACCCACCUACAUACGGCUUCAUGUUGUUGGCACAUACAUGAUAUCAUAUGUGAGAGUAAAUGACUUAUCUUUCCUAUAAAAUUUGAAAAACAGAGGAUGAAGAAAAUAAUAUAUUUUUUAAGACUACCACUACCUCAAAUGACUUAAGGAAUAGUUUACUCUGUCAUUAAAUAGUUUGGUGAGAUGUCCCAUUCUACAAGAACAUUUAUAGAAGAAAAGAAAACAGCUCUAUAGCAGUUCCAAAUGCCUCACAGAAGGCCAUGAUCUUUGUGUUCACAGUGAAACUUCCAUUUUUUCUGCCUGAGAACUGUUUAUUUUUAGCAUAACUUAUAUAGCAUUUGACUAAGCCUGUUUUUAAAAGUUUUGGUGGCUGAGUGUAUGAUUACCUGCAAUAGCUUUGUACAAGAUAAAAUGUCAAUCAGUGUUCACAGAGUAAUAAAAAGGACCACAGAUAAAUGGA